AUGUGGGUGAGCUUUUCGUCGGCCUUCGGCUAUGACUUGAGUGCCUCUGCUGUGGUGGCGAGGCUUCGCUUGUCUCUGAGGCUCAAGCGCAAGUGGAGGCCGUUUCGGGUGUUUUUGGAGCGGUUCAAAGAGGUGGGGGUGGGCGGAGGGAACAGCCUCAUUCUACCGACCAUCGCUCUGAACAGCCAAGGCAAGGGCAUCAUAGCAGCGUCACUAGCAGGGCGUUCCUUCUACCCCUCAGCUGCCUAUGCCACUCUCAACGCCAAUGUGGAUGUCGGCCGCAUCAACAUUGUUGGCCCGGGGAAAGCGCCUCUCGACGACUACACUGCAUACGAGACUGGAAGGAUGCGAUACGGCGACUACAUGACAGCGACGGUGGACGAGGAGGGCAACGCGUGUGCGGCGGUGCAGUAUGUGGCGGGGCAGCCGCGCACCGAGUGGAGCAACUGGGCUACCUUCGUCUUCAAAGUCGACCUGCAAGGGGGGACGGACGGGGGGAACGGGGACGGGGAUAAUGGGGGGAAUGGGGAUAAUGGGGGGGAUGGGGGGGAUGGGGAGAACGGGAAGAGGUAG